CCUCUACUGACCCCGCCCCACUCUGGCGAAGCAUUUCCGCCAAGAUGGUUGUCGGUGCCUUCCCUAUCGCCAAGCUCCUCUACCUCGGCGUGAGGCAGCUGAGCAAGCCUCUGGCGAACCGGAUMAAAGCUGGAGCCCGGAGGAGCGACUUCUUCAGGAGCUACGUCUGCCUGCCGCCGGCGCAGCUUUAUCACUGGAUCGAGAUGAGGACGAAGAUGCGGAUCAUGGGCUUCAAGGGCGCCACCAUCAAGCCACUGAACGAGGAGGCGGCGGCGGAGCUGGGAGCAGAGCUGCUCGGAGAGACCAUCAUCUUCCUCGUCGGCGGCGGGUGCAUACUGCUGGAGUACAGCAGGCAGGCGGCCAACUCUCGCCGCAAGGAGGAGGAGCUAAACGAGACCCUGGCGGACCUACGGACUCAAGUAGCUGAGCUGUCGCUAACGACAGAGACUCUGGACGCUCGGCUGAGGGAGGUCAACAGGCUGCUGCUGUCACUACCUGCUCCCAGCACAAAGUGACUCGUUUAGUGCAGCGCUACAUAUCGUGUGUGUGAAGAAGUAUUAAAGUACACCAGAAUGAUGCUGGUGUGUGCACAGCCUGGUUUACCUCCCCGCGCGCGCACACACACACACACACACACACACCGCCCACUGCUGUAGAGCCCAGAGGAGGAGGUUGAUCUCUGGCUCUAUAUCUGCUCAUGUUUGGAGCAGCCAGUUUAAAAUGGGAUCACUAUGAUAUUCAUAGUGAAUACUAUGGUUGACCUUGAAAGUUUGUUGUAAAGUACAUAAAAUGUACAAAACACUGACCUUAAUGUUAUUGUAUUUUAUUGCAAUUUGAGUUUAUUACUUCGUCUUUUCAGUUCAGGGAUUCUGUUAAAACACAUUUAGAAAAUGCUUGUUUUCAGGUUUGUUGUUUUAUGAUUCAAAUGACUGAUGGUUAUUAAUUUUACAGGUUUCAUAAAAAUCAACUAGAUCGAUGCUUUGUUUCUUUUUUCCCCCACAGUUUUCUGUACAUCUCAUCUGUUGGAAAAAAAUGGUGAGAAUUAAAACAAA